ACCAGAUUUCAGUCAAGACGUAUGGUAACAAGUUCAUUCAACCUUUCUUCACAAGAAGCAGCUAAAGAAAGUGAUUAUCAUACAAUCAUAAAAGAUACAGAAAAGUCUGAAGGACCCACUGAGAAAUUAGAGUUCCAAGCAGAAACUAGAAUGUUGUUAGAUAUCGUUGCCAGGUCUCUCUACUCUGAGAAGGAAGUUUUUGUUCGUGAACUGAUAUCCAAUGCAAGUGAUGCUCUAGAGAAGUUGAGGUAUAUGCAGCUUACUGCAGAAAAUAUAACUUCAAAAGAUUCUGUUCUGGAAAUGCACAUUGCAACUGAUAAGUUAACUCGCACACUCACUAUACAGGACACAGGAAUUGGGAUGACAAGGGAAGAAAUGAUUGAUAGCCUUGGAGUAAUUGCUCGAUCAGGCUCUAAAGUAAGAAGUUUUCCAAAAUGUGAUUUUUUUUAUUGAAAUACAACAUUAUCU